AUGGCGCAUGUUUUGGGGGCGUCUCAACAUAAUACAUGCUACCCCGAUCCCGUUUACUCUCUUCCUUGGUGUUCUUUGAUUUGGAGACAACUGGUCUACCAUCAACUAACUUCAAUCCAAAAAUUACUGAAAUUUGUUUUCUAUCCGUUCGCCCUUGAAAAUGAGCAAAAUCCCAGAGUGAAAAAUAAAUUAAGUCUCUGCUUUAACCCGUUGUGCGACUUCCAGCCUGUUGCCUCUAAAAUAUCAGGUCUUGGUGGUCUUACCAAAGAAAAUCUAUUUCAUCAAAAGGAUUUUGACGCCAACGCUGUUGAUUUACUCUCUCUGUUCCUAUCCCGACUUGACCCUCCUGUCUGUCUCAUUGCCCAUAAUGGAUAUCGCUUUGACUUCCCACUUUUGAAAUCAGAAUUAUGUAGGGUCAAGGGGGAAUCCUUUAAACUAACUGACUGUACUGGAUCCCCAAUUUUACGUGCAGAUUCUUUAGACCUUUUCCGAUCGCUAGAUAAUAAGCUCAGGCCAUGUAGCUCCCUUGAUGACUCCGGUAUUAUGACAGAUGGAGAGCUCGACCAUACCUCAUCUCAACUUGUUCACUCUACACCUAAAAGCUCGCAUGCUGCAUAUUCGAGGCGCUCCUAUAAACUCGCAGAUGUGUAUUCUACAAUCUUCGGUAGCCAGCAUCAUUGCGCUCAUAAUGCAGAGGGUGAUUGCAAGGCACUACUUGACAUCGUGGGCUAUCUUAGUUAUCCUGCUCUCCAAUGGCUGGAUAAUAAUGGCCAGGAUUUUGAUAGCAUUAAAAUGAUGUAUCCAUUUGAUGCAAAUGUGUUAACUAAGCCCCUGCCGCUAGAUAUCUUCCCCUACCUGCUUGAUUCAAAGUCCAAGUCAAAGCAAGAAAUUGAACUGGGUCGCACGUUCGGCCGAGUAAAUAUAGGUUGGAUUGCCCAUCCGAUAACUCUGCUUUCUUCGGAUCCCACUUAG